AUGCAAACCGUUCUUAACUACGAACAUCCGUUGUCGUCGCCAUAUCGAGUGCUGACGAAACAAGCGAUCGAUGAUCAGCUUUUGGUGCAUGAACGAACCAUGAUCUCUAAGGUUGGUUUAGACUUCGUUUUCAACUUGAGAACACAUACCCUCAAAUUAAAUGGGCGGAGUUUCUUGGAAAUAUAUUUCUUCCUUAUAAAAGAGCUUCAGAACUUCAACAUUCUCACAUUUUCGAAAACAUUUUCAUUUUCAAAAACAAUAAAUAAACAUUUUUUCAGGCUGCAACCCUUAAAAUGGAAUGGCGUACAGUUCCUCAAUCUGCUCACUCGAAAAACACUGUGAACCCAGUGCGAAAAAUCGCCGAUGCUUGCGCUGUUCAACCAAACCCAUCAAAACGCACUAUCCGUCUUCACCUUGGUGACCCAUCAGUCGGUGGUAAACUUCCACCAUGCCCAGAAGCUGUGCAAGCGAUGCAUGAAUCAGUUGAUAGUCAUAUGUUUGAUGGAUAUGGACCAGCCGUUGGUGCUUUGGCAGCUCGUCAAGCCAUUGUUGACAAAUACUCCACUCCAGAAGCCACCUUCACAGCCGAUGAUGUUGUUUUGGCCUCCGGAUGUUCACACUCGCUUCAAAUGGCUAUUGAAGCCGUCGCUGAUGCUGGAGACAAUAUUCUAGUUCCACACCCAGGAUUCCCACUCUACUCAACCCUCUGCCGACCACACAACAUUGUUGACAAGGCUUACAAGAUUGAUAUGCUUGCCAAUGAAGUGCGAAUUGAUUUGACCUACUUGGAAACAAUGAUUGAUUCGAGAACCCGGGCAAUCAUCAUCAACAACCCUGGAAAUCCAACUGGUGGAGUUUUCACCAAACGUCAUUUGGAAGAGAUUCUCGAAGUCGCCUACAAACACAAACUCAUCAUUAUUGCUGAUGAAAUCUAUGGAGAUCUUGUCUACAACGGUGCCACCUUCUACCCAUUAGCCUCACUCACACCAAAAGUUCCAGUCAUCACUUGUGAUGGAAUUGCUAAAAGAUGGAUGGUUCCUGGCUGGAGAUUGGGAUGGAUCAUCAUCCACGACAGAUUCAAUGUGCUCUCUGAAAUCAAGAAAGGAAUUGUUGCAUUGUCACAAAAAAUUGUUGGACCAUGCGCAAUUGUUCAAGGUGCACUUCCAAAAAUCCUCCGCGACACACCAGAAUCAUACUUCGAAUACACAAGAAAUGUGAUUGAAACCAACGCAAACAUCGUCGAGAACAUUCUUCAAGAUGUUCCCGGACUUCAAGUCAUCAAACCACAAGGAGCUAUGUACAUGAUGGUUGGUGUCGAAAAAUCAUCAUAUGGUGAUGAUGUGACAUUCUGUCAAAAUUUGAUCAAAUCUGAAUCAGUGUUCUGCUUGCCAGGACAAGCAUUCUCCGCACCUGGAUUCUUCCGCGUUGUCUUGACAUCCGCUGAAGAAGAGAUGGAAAUCGCAGCCAUGCGAAUUCGCGACUUCUGCAUUCAAACUUAUCAAAACCGCACCGAUUCGGAAGACAGCUCGGAUGAAGGUCUCGAUUUAUCAACAAUCGAGAGUGAUUAG